AUGAGUUCAGGAUAUACAAGCGAGGGUGAGAAAACCGACAAACAUAAACCCUUGCAAAAAUUGCCCAUAGAUCGUCCCGGAGGCCGUUCACUUGGAGUCCUAUUUGAGGACAUCACCGUUCAUGGUGUUUCUGCUGGCGAACAACGUGCUCAGGAUCUCUUACGAAUCUUUCAAGAUGUUUUCGUCAACUGGCCAACGGGCUUACUACGUAAAGCAAUACGCCCCGGCCGCCCCAUGCAUUCCACAAAAAGAUUGAUACAAGGAGUUUCCAGUGUUCUUCCUCCUGGUGAAACGCUUCUAGUCCUUGGUCGUCCUGGUGCUGGAUGUUAUGGCGCAAUCGGGUCGGAUGAGAUGGAAACCCGUUACGGUUCCGAGGUGGCUCUGAACAAUGAGGACGAUAUCCAUUUUCCUAUAUUAAAAGUUGAGAACGCCAUGCAGUUUGCACUACGUCUGCGCAGGCCAAAGUCCAACCCGGGGACAGAUGCCGAGUUUGCCGAACACUGGACCGACGAAAUCCUCGAUUCUCUUGGCAUCAAACAUACAAAAGCCACGAUUGUUGGCAAUUCUUUUGUUAGGGGCGUAUCUGGUGGCGAACGCAAGCUUGUAUCAUUGGCUGAAGUCCUCAGCGCCGCUCCUGCUGGCGUUGCAUGGGACAAUCCAUUGAGAGGUCUGGACAGCUCAUCUGCCCUCAGCUUCUCGCGUCUUCUGGAAGGCAUGUCAAGGGCCACUGGAAUGUCCAAUAUUGUCACAGCUUACCAAGUCUCUGAGAGUAUUUACAGAGAAUGCUUCGAUCGUGUUCCGUUAUUGUAUGAUGAUUAUCAAAUUUAUUCGGACCCUGCUGGCGACACUGCUAAACGUUAUUUUACCGAUCUUGGUUUCGAAUGUCCUCUCCGUCAAACGACACCAGAUUUCUUGACAGCUAUUACUUCGCCAGACGAACGCCGUGUCAAAGUUGGGCAUAACCCCCCGCCACCACUUGAUCCUGCUGGUCUUGCUGAUGCAUUUUGA